AUGUGACUGCUGGUAGACUGCAGCCCACACAGUACAGAGAUUGAUCGCAAGGGCGAACGAUCGGAGUGCCUCGUGCACUCUAACCCAAGCUUUUUGGUCGGGUUAUCUGGGAACUUUUACAAAGUAUGGUCGCUUUCGACGAGAUCCAAAACUUUCUGCCGACUAAAAGGGCGAUUGCGGUGGUAGAUGUUCAGUCACAGAUCUCGACCACAAAGGAAUUGGAGGAGCCAAGCAACAAACGGGUUCGACCCUUGUCACGAGUGACAUCUUUGGCAAAUUUAAUAUCUCCUGCAAAAAAUGGAGCAGUCAGGCGAUUUGGCCAAACACUACAGAGAUCCAUCAUAUUCCGCAGUGACAACAAAUCUCCAACUUCCUCCCAAAAAUCUUGCAGCAAAGCUGCACCAACCCCACCCAAGAGACGCAACAGCAAACUCUGGUCAGAGACUUUAGACAUCAGCAUGAAGAAAAACCUUUCUUCAAAGGAAAUCAAACGGCAAGAGGCUAUAUUUGAGCUGUCUCGAGGCGAACAGGAUUUGAUUGAAGAUCUAAAAUUAGCGAGAAAGGCCUAUCACGACCCUAUGCUCAAGUUGUCCAUCAUGACCGAAGACGAACUCACGCAAAUAUUUGGAGCUCUUGAUUCGUACAUCCCUAUGCACGAAGAUCUUUUGAGCAGACUUCGAGAAGCUACCAAAGAAGAUGGAUCAAUAGAACAAAUUGGUCACAUACUUGUGAACUGGUUACCACGACUUAACGAAUACAGAGGCUACUGUAGCAACCAGCUUGCGGCAAAAGCACUCUUAGAUCAAAAGAAACAGGACAAGCGAGUGCAGGAUUUCCUUCAGCGCUGCCUCGAGUCGCCCUUCAGCAGGAAGCUUGAUCUUUGGAGUUUCCUGGACAUUCCCCGUAGUCGAUUGGUCAAAUAUCCCCUGUUGCUCAAAGAGAUCCUGCGACAUACACCCAGUGUGCACUCCGACCAACAAAGCUUGGAGACUGCAAUUGCCAUUAUCCAAGGAGUUCUGUCCGACAUCAAUGUGAAGAAGGGAGAGUCUGAUUGCCAAUAUUACAUCGACAAGCUGGAUUAUCUUGAUGAUCGACAAAAGGAUCCUCGAAUUGAGAAUAGCAAGACAUUGCUUUGCCAUGGGGAGCUGCGAAACAACCGUGGAACGAAACUCUACGUCUUCCUAUUCCAAGAAAUCCUGGUGAUGACCCGCCCGGUGUCCCGCAAUGACCGCCAAUGUUACCAGGUUUACCGUCAGCCCAUUCCUGUCCAAGACCUUCUCCUCGAGGAUCUUCAGGAUGGAGACACCAAAAUGGGAGGUUCCUUCAGAGGUGCUUUUACCAACUCGGACAAGGCUAAAAACAUCUUUCGAGUACGUUUCCGGCAAUCCACCCAAGGGCAGUCCUCCCACACGCUGCAAGCCAAUGACAUUUACAACAAACAACAGUGGCUGAAUUGCCUCCGAAAUGCAAUGUCUGUCUAUCAGACCCUGCCUUCUCCGACAGACCAUAAGGAGCUCUUCGAGUUGAACGAAGAGUCUGAGCAAGGCUCGCCCCAGCCAGCUGAUCCUACACUGGAGAGGUGUUCCCCCAGCUUUCCUAAAGAGAGACAAUCCCCCAUUCUCACUGAAGGGAGUCAGUCACCCACCUCUACCGAGGGGAGGAGAUCACCCAGCCUGUCUGACAGGAUGGAAUUGGCAGAUAGCGGCUCAGAGACUGGCUCUAACAUGGACACAAGCGAAUCUGAACCAAGUAGCCUGCGAAGCAGCAUAGAGAUUGAGGAAAUCGAGCACUGCAAUCCCGUGUCAGAGCAAAUCCUGGGAGAUACUGAGCAACCAGAGCCAGCGAGAGCAGGAAAGUUAGUGUAAGAGACUUGCCGUUGCUCAGGUCAAGGACUGUGUAUUUAUAUUUCUGUACAGUGUUUAAACUGUGGUGUAGCAGCAGGAUUAAGUUACUAAUCUUGUUCCUUGUGUGUAUUUUUUAUUUGUUUCAUGGCAGCUACUAAAUGCAAUGAGCUUUGCUGAAACCACUCUGGUUACUUUCCAAAGUGACAUCUCUUAAUAAGCCAAUGGUUUGUUUAAUUAUUGGGUUACUGAACUGCCAACAGAUUCAUGUCUAAGAAUCUAAUAGUUAGUUCUGUAAAUGGAAUUCGCUGUCUUUCCAUUAUUUUUGUAUUGUACAUUCCCUCAUCCUCUGUCUUUGCUGCAGGUAUUUUCUUGUUAAUAUUUUUCUCUGCAGCUUAAAAGAAUUUGUAUUUUGGUUCUUUUGGCAAAAAGUGAAACCGAGUGCAAGAUUAUUUAGAGGAAGAUAUUUAGCAAGUUCACAAACAUAAAGUACUUUUUGAUUUAUUAUGCGGAUAUGUUUAAAUCUAUACAUUUGACGAGACAAUAAGUGUAACUCAAUUCAGUUGUGUAUUUGAGCCAUUCAUUCCUAUGAUUGAUUUGUAGAUCAUUCACCCGCUGUUUCAUCUUGUGAGGUCUUUAUUAAUGCAAGCAUGUUUUUUAUAUAUAAAAAUGUGUGCUUCUGACUACUGUGGAAAAAUUGCCAAGGAAAGUUUUGAUGGAUAGUGGGACGUUGCAGAAGGGUAGUGCAAGAGUAAGUGAGAAGGUUUGCGUUGGGGUUUAUUUUAGCAAGAGUAAGUUAGGGAUGACGGUUGCAUUUGAGAUAGUCACCAAAUGGUUGGUGAGAAUGUUAUCCGCAUCCCUAUAAGGAGAGAUUUUGUGACAUGAAAAGAGACAAGUAUGUAUUGUGAAAUGAGCGAUGGAAGAGAAACCAAUAGUUGUAUGAAUAAUGCACGGGGACAAGGUGGCAAAUGUAAAGAAAAAAGGGAAAUAUUGAAACUGGGCAUUUCUCUGAUGUAUAGAUUAUUGGACCUAAAUAAGUACAAUAAAACUGGAAAAUCUUAGCCUGCAA